AUGCCUCUACGUCUCAAAGCGGCAGUGGUACGGCACAGGGUCUCUCUCGGCGUAGACCCUAUAUCUGAUCUAGAAUGGACGAGACGUCAAUGGCAAAAAUGGUACGAGAAAAACAUAGCGAAAGCCGCGGAAAAAGAUUUUGUCUACAAGAACAAAACAGAAGAGGAAAAGGAUGAGCUGGAGAUUGAAGAGUUCUUUUCUGAGGUGUACCAGCAAGAUCGUGAAAUCCUACUAGAAGAUGACUUGAUAUCUCUGAUAAAGGCAAGCUUCACCGCUGCUUCUACUCGAAAGGGAGAUUCAAUGGACACAAAUUAUCGCAUAGCUUUGGUGUGGAUACAGCAUGUUCUGUGUGGAUUGCGUUAUUUCGAGCAAGAUUUGCACGCUGCAACAGUUGACUCCAAUCUCACCCUACUCAAAGAGCUAAUCUCACACAUUGACGCAGAUAGCGACGCUGUAGUAGACGUUUACCGCGCAGCAUCCUUACAACAAUGCCGACGAGCUGCUGAUAUCCUUGACAAACUUGCUGAGCGCACACGAGUCAUCAGAGAACGCUGGCCAGAGCACGUUUCACUGAAGCUGAUUCUGGAAGCCAUUAACGAGUUCAAAACUGCUGGUUUGUCCACAUCCCACAUGAAAAUGGCCGCACUUGUAGAGAACAUCAUCGGUAUUGUUUACAAGCAAUCCGAGGAAUGGGAGAAAAUGGCUGACAAGGCCAAUUCGCUGCGCAAUGAGCUAAAUGAAGUUCGUGAGCUUCUUGUCGACUGGAAGAAGAUGGAGGUCCGAUCAUGGGCAGAAUUGCUGAAUCGAACAGAAAAUGAUGCGCAAGCCAGCGCUCUGCUUGUUGCUUUC